AUGAAAUCUGAUGGUAAAUAUUACAGGAGUUACAUUGAAUUUCCACAACCAGAAUUAUGUUCUAAAUUACUUGACUCUUUUGCGGAGUCUGCAUCCAACUUUACAGUAUGCUCUAUUAAAUAUGCCAGACCUAUUAGGCUCUGUGAAAAGUGUGUGGACCAUUAUGCACAAUUUCACGCUAUCUAUGAAAAUUUAACAGAUACUGUUGUAAAUGGUACAUCAUGUCUUGCAUUAUUUAUUUCACAAGACAGACUUAAUGCUAUCCAAGAAUUCCAUGAUAAUUUAAUGACAAUAUGGGAUAAGGGAAACUGUAACGACUGUUUUGACUGGACUGCUGAUGGACCAGAAAUUAAAAAUAGUACACUCGAGUUCAAUAAAAUGUUUAGCAACACAAUGAAUUGCAUCACAAGUAACAUGAAUCCAUUUAGUAAUAACACAAAGGAAAUUUGUAAUAAGUGUAUGGGAUUUUAUAUAAGAUUAGAUGAUUAUUACAAAUCCUUAAGUAAAGAUUCUAUUGGAGUUGAUAGUAUUUGUAUGGAUAUAGUAGAUUCGAUGAAUACCACAAGAUCGAUAUGGAGUAAAAACCUUCACUGCUGUGAUAUCCGGAAGACACCAGAAUUGAUAUUUUUAACUUGCACAGUGAUCGUUGCUAUUCUGCCUUUAUUGUUUUACAUAACUGUUAGGUAUUGUAGACCAAUCAGGGAUUUGCCUAAUGUACUAAAAGAGUCAAGAUUCAAACAGUCAAUUUUAAGGUCAGUUCAAGGAAGAAUAAACUGA